AGCCUCGGACCGACCAGAACGGUGUUCUCUUUGUCGGCUCGGACCGGCGGCGUCAGGGGCUAUGGUGAAGAUGAGCCGGCCCCGCCCUGCCAGGACGUCACCUGUUGUAAUGACGUCAUUACCACGCCCCCUCUUUCCCUCCCCUUCCCCAAAAGCCUUGGGCCUUAUCCCUGCCCCCAUCACAGGCAAGCUCCUUCAUCCCUACGUGUGCCAGGGUCCGUGAAGGGUCUUGACCAAAUCCUCAGGCCACUUGAACUAGAGCUGUGUUGAUCAGACUAGCUACUAGAUCCCUUCAGUUCUCACAAUCUGUGGAGUGUUGAGGCCUGGAUCCCUGCUAAAAGACAGGCUUCUAGCCAGUGAGACACUGCCCUAAAGAUUGGGGAUGGCUGUUCCCUUGAACUCCCACGUCCUGGGUCCACAGGAACAAGUCGGACUCCUGAGUUUUAAGGUGAUGGAUGAUAUGCCCGGGGAUGAGGGAUUCAUCCCUGGAGGAGGGGACCUUGACACAGACUAUGAUGCCUUCUGCCAAGGCCUCACUGAUGACCUCGGAGAUCCACACGAAAGGGCAGAACAGUUCUUGACCAUCAUGCUCGGAAAUGUGGAGACCUGGAUGAAGUUACAGCAUCUGGAACCCAGUGAGGAGGUGCUGAUCCUGGAGGACUCGCCAACCCAAUUGUUUGAGAAGAAAGAUCUGCUGUGCCAGGACCCCGCCUUUUACGAGGAGUGGAACCCUGACGAGGAGGUGGAGGAGAUGGCUGCCGAAUUUCUGGCCUCCAUGUCCCAGGAGCCAGUGACGUUCCAGGAUGUGGCUGUGGACUUCACCCAAGAGGAGUGGGGGCAGCUGGACCCUGCGCAGAGGGACCUGUACAGGGAUGUGAUGCUGGAGAACUAUGGGAACCUGGUGUCCCUGGGACUUGUGGUGUCCGAACCUAAUGUCAUCUAUCAUUUGGAACAAAUGAAAGAGCCAUGGAUACUGGAUCUACAGGGAACUGGCAAGACAAAGGUACUAAAAGGCACCUGUCCAGACCACAGCACCCAAACUGAGAGCAAGGCAAAGUCAUCUACUUCAAAGCGAGGCACUUCUGAAGAAGGGUCCCUUCUGGGGCCAAUAAUGGAAAAGCCCACAUGGGAUGAUCUCUUGAACUCCAAGCUAAGAGUAGCCAGUGAGUGUGAAGGCAGGUUGAAGAGAAAAAAGAAAAGGAGAAACCAGGAGAAACUCUAUGAAUGUAGUGAAUGCAGAAAAGCCUUUAAUCACUUCUCUGCUCUUAUUCGACACCAGAGAAUUCACACUGGAGAGAAGCCCUAUGAAUGUGGUGAAUGUGGUAAGACCUUCAGCCAAAGCACAUGCCUUACUGUACAUCAGAGAAUCCACACGGGAGAGAAACCCUACGAAUGUGGUGAAUGUGGGAAGACCUUUAGCGAUAGCUCGACCCUCAUUCGGCAUCGGAUCAUUCAUAAUAUAGAGAAACCAUAUAAGUGUCAUGAAUGUGAGAAAUCCUUUAGUUACUGCUCAGCCCUUAUUCGACACCUUCGGAUUCACACUGGAGAGAAACCCUAUGAAUGUAAUGAAUGUGGGAAAUCCUUCAGCCACAGCACGUGCCUUACCCAGCAUCAGAGAACUCACACAGGAGAGAAGCCGUACGAAUGUAAUGAAUGUGGGAAAGCCUUCAGCCAGAACUCAUCCCUUUAUUACCAUCAGAGGACUCACACUGGAGAGAAACCAUAUAAAUGUAAUGAAUGUGGGAAAGCCUUCAGUUACCAUGCAUCCCUCACUCAACAUAAGCAAACACAUACUGGAGAAAAGCCCUAUGAAUGUAGGGAAUGCGGGAAAACCUUCAGUCGAAGCACGUAUAUUAUUGAACAUCAGAGAAUUCACACUGGAGAGAAACCCUAUGAAUGUACCGAAUGUGGGAAAGCCUUCAGAUAUUGUUCAGCUCUUACUCAACAUCAGAAAAUGCAUACAGAAGAGAAACCCUAUGAAUGCCGAGAAUGUGGGAAAGGCUUUCAUUUCUAUUCAGCUCUUAUUCAGCAUCGGAAAACUCAUACUGGAGAGAAACCCUAUGAAUGUACUGAAUGUGGGAAAGCCUUUAUCCGGAGUACCUGCCUUACCCAACAUCAGAAGGUUCACACUGGAGAAAAUUGCCACGAAAACAGUGAAUCGAGGAAAAUCUUUAGCCAAAGCUCUUCCCUUCCUGAAAAUCAGAGAAUUAAAACUGCAGGGAAAUCCUAUGAAUGCAAAGACUGUGGAAAAAUCUUUAAGUAUUAUUCAAUCCUCUCUCAACAUCAGAAAACUCAUACUGGUGAGAAACCUUAUGAGUGCAGGGAAUGUGGGAAGACCUUUAGCCGGAGCACAUGCCUUACCAAACAUAAUAGAACUCAUACAGGUGAGAAACCCUAUUUAUGCAGCGUAUGUGGGAAAGCCUUUAGUCAAAAUUCAUCCCUUACUGAACACCAGAGAAUUCACACUGGAGAGAAGCCCUAUGAAUGCAGUAAAUGUGGCAAAGCCUUCAGCCGGAGCACAUUCCUUACUCGUCAUCAGCAAACUCAUACCGGAGAGAAGCCCUAUGACUGCAGUGAAUGUGGGAAAUCUUUCAGCCAGAGAUCAUCCCUUUAUUACCAUCAGAGAACUCACACUGGAGAAAAACCAUAUGAGUGCUUUGAAUGUGGGAAAUCCUUCAGCAGGAGCACAUUCCUUACUCAACAUCAGAGAAUUCAUACUGGAGAAAAACCCUAUGCGUGCACUGAAUGUGGGAAUACCUUCAGUAGGCGUGCAGCCCUCAACAAGCAUCAGAAACUUCACACUGAAAAGUAAUUCUAGGGUGUCUUGUCACCUCUGCAUGGCCCUGGAUUAAGAGUGUGACUGAAGCUGCUGCUGCUGCGUUUCCUACAAUGAAGUCCCUUUAUGAGGCCCCCAGAGAGUCGGGUCCCUCCUAAGGAGACAUAUCCAUCCCCCAGACAAACUCCCAGCUGGAGAAACAUUGGUUGACAGCUGACCCCCAAAGACCUGGCUCUGGCUGCCUACCCCUCUCACUCCCAAGCCACCCCUCACAAGCUCCUAAGAGUAAAAAUAUGGGUGGAUGCCUUUGGGGGGGGGGUCAGGGUUGUCUUAGGAGGAGGCAAAUGACUCUAAAACCUCUAGCUGAGGAAUCUCCCUGGAGCCCAGAGCAGAGCACUUCCUGACUUUCCAGCCCAGGAAGGUGGAGACCUGGGCAAAGUCCCAGAAUCCAGAACCCAUUGAGGAGGUGGUUUGACUCAAAAACUUGACCAGAGGUGAGAUGCAUAAAUGGGUGUGGGGAGAACAUGUUCAGGGCAUGAAAGAGGUAAACACCUGAUGUUGGCAGGGAAGGGACCUUGGACAGAGUCCUGGAGAUGGUCGCUCUGACUCCAGGCAGU